GUCCCGCCUAACCCUGGAGCGGUUGACCACGAGAUCUAGUGCUUUGACUUUCCACGGACGGGCUUUGACCAGUGGACGUCUCCACCCGAUUGUGUUAGGUUAGCCCAUAGGGACACCUGGGAGCAACAUCUGGGCCAAACCCACAGCUACAUCCCCUCCGUGUAGACCCGACGCGUCCGUUUCCCCCUCCAGGUGCCGCCGGCGGUGCCAUCUGUGAGGGGGGGCCACACCCCGGAGACGCAUGCCGCCUCUUCAGACAUGCCACCACACCACCCAGUUGUGGUAGGUCAUCCCAUAUAAACACUUGGGAGCAACGUCCCCUCCGUAUAGACCCAAUGCGGCUGUUUCCCCCUCGAGGUGUCGGCCGCCGCCGGCGGCGCCGUCCGUGAGGGGGGUCACACCCCUCCGUAUAGAAUCAAAAAGUAAGGUAUUUAUUCUUAUAUUAACACAUGCUACAUGUAAGUUAAUUAAAUAAUAAUAUGUAAAAGAACAAAAAAUUAUAUGAAAUGCAAAAAAAACUAUGCCGACGGCAAAGCCGUCGGCAUAGAUGAGGCCAGGGGCAGAUGGACGGCGCACCGUGGAUCGGUGACGUGGCAUCUAUGCCGAAGGCAGCCGUCGGCAUAGGUGGUGGUCGGUGCGCCUCGGAUCGAUGAUGUGGCACGCGCAUCUAUGCCGACGGCCGCCCGUCUCGGCUGUCGGCUCUGUUUUCGAGUCGCUCGACUAGUCGCGACUAGUCGACGAGUCACCAGUGCAGGAGCGACUCAGGCUCUCGACUCGACUCCUGGCAUGAAUCGAGCGACUAGUCGCUGUGUCUGAGUCGAACGACUCACUUAUUUUGGGCCCCCAACAGUUCUGUGUUUUUUUAACUGUAUUUGCUUGGCCCAUCAGCCCAUCCCACCCCUGGAAACCCUAUAGAGGAUCCAUUCCCCCUCACCCUGACCUAACCCUCUCCCUGGCGGCUGCCUUCCCUCCUCCCCUGGUUGCUGCUGGUGGUGUGCUCCUCCCCUCCUCCUCUGGCUGUUGUUGCUGCUGCUGUGCUCCUUCCCUCCUCCUUUGGUUGUUGCUGCUGCUAUGCUCCUCCACUCCUCCCAUGUGGUUGAUGCCGCUGCUGUUGUGCUCCUCCACUCCUCCCCUGGUUGCUUCUGCUGCUGCUGUGUGCUCCUCCCCUGGUAACUUGGUAAGUACUAUCAUGUAUCCCUUUUCCUCUCUUUUCCUUUUGCUCUGAUCUAGAUGCUGCUGCUGCUGGGAGGACCUCUAGUGUUUCUGCUAGGUAGCUUAGGGCUUGAUUUGGUGAAAAAAAACAACUAAGUGGAGUUAUCUUUCCUUAUAUCACAGAUUCAUAGCAAGCACCAUGUCCUCCCAGCCCGAGAUAGCCCAAGUUGUUCGAUCAGGUCAAGCUGCAGAAGAAGCUGAUGAGCACUAUGAUCCAUUCAAAGAUCCUAAGAGGAGGCCAACAAAGAGCAAGGAUCCAGCAUGGAAAUAUGCAUUCUGGCCAGAUCUUAACAAGAGGUUGUUGCUGCAGUGUAAUUUGUGCGCCGAGCAAAUUACCUCUGGACCUUGUAGGAUGAAGAAACACCUUGCUGGGGGGUUUACAAUUGUGAGUAUGUGCACCAAAACAACCCCUGCAAUUCGAAAGGAGAUGCACGGCUACUUGAAGACUCACUCAUUCCGUUUCAAAAAUCUUGAUGGAGAUGAAGGUGGUGAAGAAGAUGGUGAAGAAGGUGCUGAACAAGAGAACUGUGCAGGAAGUUCAAGAGCUUCCAACUCCAACGCCUCCACGAAAAGGAAAUCAGAGGGGACUACUCAUUUGGCAGCGACGGUGGCAAAGAAGCAAGGAAAGUCCAUUGCAGAUCGGAUUCGGAAGACACCGGAAGAGGUGGUUGCCGAUAGACAUAUGUCAAAGGGCACUCAAAAGAAUAUGAAGGAUUACAACAAGAAGACAGAGGAGCAAAAAGAUGAUGUAGAUGGUCAUGUAGCUGACUUUUUGUAUGAGAAUUGCCUUCCACUCAAUAUUGUCAAUUCAAGGAGUUGGGAGAUUCUAUUGGAAUCUAUAGGGCAGUAUGGCUCUGAUUAUAUAUCUCCUACUUAUCAUCAAGUGAGGGAACCAUUGCUUGAGAGGGCAAAGAUGUGGACCGACAACUUGAAAGGGAAGCAUGAAGUUGCAUGGAAAGAAUAUGGUUGCUCACUCAUGUCAGAUGGCUGGACGGACAUGACCGGGCGGCACUUGAUCAACUUACUCGUCAAUAGUCCAGAAGGUACCUUCUUCUUAGGGACAGCCAAUGUUUCUUUUGAAAUAGUUGAUGCAAAUCUGGUGGCAAAGCUGUUGAGCGAACAAAUUGAUGCAAUUAGCCUUGAAUUGGUAGUCCAAGUAGUUAGCGAUAAUGGAUCUAACUACAAGGCAGCCGGUAGACUUCUAAUGGAAAAGUAUCCUACAAUGUAUUGGACACCUUGUGCUGCCCACUGUUUGGAUCUUAUGCUAGAGGACAUUGGGAAGAUCAAAGAGUUCAGUCGUUGCAUUGCUAAAGCAAAGAGAACAACCAGAUUUAUUUAUGCCCAUGGAAAGGUUCUUGAUUUAAUGAGAAGCUUGAAUGGUAAGCAAGAAAUUGUGAGGCCUGGAGCAACUCGUUUUGCUACGUCAUUCCUUACUUUGGAAAGCAUGUGGAAGCAAAGGCAAACAUUGAAAACUCUCUUUGUUAGCCCACAAUGGUAUGCAAACAGAUUAAAGGACAACGAAGGAGGGAAGGCGGCUGAAGCAACUGUGAUCUCCGUGUCAUUUUGGCAAUCGGUGGAGCAUUGCAUGAGAGCUUCACAACCACUUCUUAGAGCUUUGAGGAUCGCUGAUGGUGACGAGACUCCGGCUAUGGCAGAAAUGUGGGCAGCCAUGGAUUUUGCAAAGACACGCAUAAAGGAAGCUUUGACACAUAAGCCAAACCUCCUAGGUCAAGUGGUAGCUAUUGUUGAUAAGAGGUGGGAUAAUCAGAUGGAACAAAAGCUACAUGGGGCUGCUUUCUUCUUGAACCCAAAUAAAUUCUUUGCCAUUAAGGAGUCCAACAAAAGACAAGCCUCCCGUCUCCGUUCAAUGUUCAAUGAUGUGCUAUGGAAGAUGGUGCCCGAUGAUGAGCAGCAAACAACUAUAAGUAGGGAAGCUGACGACUAUGAGCUGGGGAGUGAAUGUUUCUCGAAGCCAUUGUCAAUUAAAGACCGUGACAAAAAAAGCCCUCUUCUUUGGCGGAAUGCUUAUGGUGGCCUUGCUUUUGACCUCCAAACUCUUGCAAAGCGAAUCAUUAGUCUAUGUUGUUCAGCAUCCGGCUGCGAGCGCAAUUGGAGUGUAUUUGCUCAUAUCCACACUAAAGGGAGAAACCGUCUAGAGUACAAGAGAUUGAACAAGCUAUCAUAUGUCUCGUACAACCGGAAAAUGGAAGCUAGGUUUCAGAAUCUGCGUGAGCAAGGCUCUAAUGCAAAGAAAUCUAGUCCACUUAUCCUAGAAGAAUUCGAAUGGGAUAAUGAAUGGGUUGAUAUCAAUGCUGAAAUGGUGUUGCCAUGGAGCUCCAUUACACAACUCUCCGGGAGAAAUCCCUUGCUUCGGAUGGUCGAAGCGGACGACGACGACGACUACGUCGUUUCCUUCUUUGAGGCAUCGUCUUGGAGAGUCAGCAUGUUGGAGUUUGCACGGAUCUCUUCGUCGUCGGGGACAGUGGACGUCAGGGCGGCGGCUCCGGGUGGUUUCUGA